UCCCAUUAGUUUCUAGAGCGAAUUCUGAAAACUUGCAGUACAAUAAAGAUUCGACGGGAUCCGCUGCUUUGCUCUACAAUAUCCGUCCGUGGUGUGUAAUACAUAUACACUACCCAGAACAGCAGCGCCUCUACUGGAAUAUAUCGGAUCUAUCGUUGAAGUAACGCGUGAAGGGAUGCUGUUUGGACGGCUCCCAUUAAUUAUCACACAUUUCCUGCUGUACAAGUGAAAAACAGUGCAAAUUUUGAUUCAAAAGUGAACGUGACAGUAAUUAAAUUCAGCGUAAACGGCUGUGACGAAGAAUAAUGGACACAAUAGGUAGAACCAUAACGUUUGAUGUUUGUGUAAUAAGGCGCAGCGAAAAGCUUAUGGAAAAAGACACGAUGAAAUCUGACAGAUAGAGAUGCUGUGCCAGUGUUGCAGAGAGCUGGGAGAAUAGAAAAGAUAAACCAGUUAUCAAAACAUUACAUUUAGAUAUAGACAACUCCUCUGCACAUUAAAAUGCCGAGGGUGAAUCUAGCCCUCAAAGCAUUUGCCGCGUGUGUUGUACUGUGGACAAUAUUAGCGCUGUGUGAUGCAAACCCGGAUGCAAAGAGACUGUACGAUGACCUGCUCAGUAACUAUAACCGUCUGAUACGUCCCGUAAGCAAUAACACAGACACGGUUCUGGUGAAACUGGGAUUACGAUUGUCACAGCUGAUUGAUCUGAAUCUCAAGGAUCAGAUUUUAACUACGAAUAUUUGGUUGGAACACGAGUGGCAGGAUCAUAAAUUCAAAUGGGACCCUGCCGAAUACGGUGGUGUGACGGAGCUCUACGUGCCAUCCGAACACAUCUGGCUGCCGGAUAUCGUACUCUACAACAAUGCUGAUGGCGAGUACGUGGUGACAACCUUGACCAAAGCGAUUCUGCACUAUACCGGUAAAGUCAUCUGGACACCACCGGCCAUUUUCAAGUCAUCGUGCGAGAUUGAUGUGCGCUACUUUCCCUUUGAUCAGCAGACCUGCUUCAUGAAGUUUGGAUCGUGGACCUAUGAUGGCAACCAGAUCGAUCUAAAGCACAAAAAUCAGCUCAACAAUUCCGACAACAUGGUAAAGAUUGGAAUCGACUUACGUGAGUACUAUCCCAGUGUGGAGUGGGACAUCCUUGGGGUACCAGCGGAACGCCACGAGAAGUAUUAUCCGUGCUGUGCAGAGCCAUAUCCUGACAUUUUCUUUAACAUCACGUUAAGACGAAAGACCCUGUUCUACACAGUUAAUUUGAUAAUACCAUGUGUCGGUAUUUCGUACCUUUCGGUUCUCGUGUUCUACUUGCCAGCUGAUUCGGGUGAAAAAAUUGCAUUAUGCAUCAGCAUUCUACUAUCGCAGACCAUGUUCUUCCUUCUGAUAUCGGAAAUCAUACCUUCAACCUCGCUGGCCCUGCCUCUGCUUGGGAAGUACCUCCUGUUCACCAUGAUUCUGGUCGGGCUGAGCGUCGUGAUCACCAUUAUUAUACUGAACAUACACUAUCGCAAGCCGAGCACUCACAAGAUGGCACCGUGGGUCAGGAAAUUCUUUAUACUGCGUCUACCGAAAUUGCUGCUGAUGCGGGUGCCAAACGAUUUGCUGAAGGAACUGGCUGCUAACAAGAUAAACUACGGAAUCAAAAUUAGCAAAAGCAAAUUCGGAGCGGCAUUAGCUGCUCACUCGCAAAUGCAACAAAACUCUGGCGGCUCAAGUCCGGAUUCCAUCAGACACAUGCAGGGUCGCCCAGGAGGUUGCAAUGGUUUGCACACGACAACGGCAACAAACAGAUUUAGCGGACUCGUUGGAGCCCUUGGAGGCGGCCUCAGCAGUCUCGGGGGUUAUAACGGACUUCCGUCUGUGAUGUCUGGUUUGGACGAAUCACUCAGCGAUGUGGCGCCGAGGAAAAAAUAUCCGUUCGAGUUAGAAAAGGCCAUUCAUAAUGUUAUGUUUAUACAGCACCAUAUGCAGCGCCAAGAUGAGUUUAAUGCGGAGGAUCAAGAUUGGGGAUUUGUGGCGAUGGUAUUGGAUCGUUUAUUUUUAUGGUUAUUUACACUAGCGUCAUUAUUCGGAACAUUUGCAAUCCUGUGCGAGGCACCCUCGCUGUACGACGAUACCAAACCGAUUGACAUCGAGUACUCCAUUAUCGCCCAGAAGCUGUUCAAUCUCACUGUUAAGGAUCCGCGGCACGCCUAAGUAACGAAAUUCCUCCCGGCUCAAACUGUCUAUAGACCGGCUUUCCAGACACAGGAUUUCCGUGCAAUAGAAGCUGAAAUUUAUUGCCUCUUCCAUACGAAUGUUAACCCAAAUUGACUUAAUCAAAUGGAACCCGAUGAAGGAAGAUCGUGCCGUGUGUAAGUGUAUUCGAUUCGUACCGAGUAAGCAAUUUUUCACCGUGUUGUUGCUUUACCACAAAAAUCAGCGGACAUUAUUCUACAGUAGAUAUGAUAUGGUAAAGCCAGUAAAGUGACUAUCAACUAAAUCGUAAGCACUUUUUACAUAUUUGAAAUAGAGUACCGUGUUUCUAAUUAAA